UGAAGCGGACUCGCGUUCUUUUGUUCUCCUCUGGUGGAUAUAACCGCGCAGACUGCAGAAUUCCAAAGGUUCCUUCACGCAGCUGUUGAUAGCUGCUGCGGACGAUCACCUGCUGCCGACUUGUCACCACGCAUUUAUUGGCUAUUGACGAGAGACGGAACGAAAGAGAGUCCUGCUGGAGAUGGAGACCGAGAGAGCAGGAGCAGGUGGAGAUGAUUCGAGUGGAACAGAAGCAUCUGGCACCUUGGAUACACCUCUUCAUCCUGACCACCAGAGGUCACCGGGCUCUGAAUCAGACACUGAUGACAGUGAAGACUGGAGAGAAACCGUAAACACACAGUCAGAUUCCAACUCAGUUGAGAAUCCAAACUUUGAUGUUAAAGAGGAGCCAGAUGAUGCUGAUCACAAGUCACUGAUCUGCACUGGAUGUGGAGAGAAUUGCUUCUCAACGGCUGAACUGACUAAACACAUUAACUCGUGCCCUGGACCUUUCACUUGUUUGCUUUGUGGGAAUCGGUUUGAGAAGAGACAGAAACUGAGGGACCACAUGAGAAUUCACUCUGGAGAAAAACCUUUCAUCUGCUCCAUCUGCGGAAAAUGUUUUUCGCAUAAAGGCAACCUGAAUGGUCACAUGAGAGUUCAUACUGGAGAAAAACCUUUCACCUGCCCCCAGUGUGGAAAAUCUUUUUCACAUAAAGGCCACCUGAAUGGUCACAUGAGAGUUCAUACUGGAGAAAAACCUUUCACCUGCUCACUGUGUGGAAAAUGUUUUUCACGGAAUGGUGCCCUGAUUAGUCACAAGAGAGUUCACACUGGCGAAAAACCUUUCAUCUGCUCCGAGUGCGGGAAAUGUUUUUCAGAGAAAGGCACCCUGAAUUAUCACAUGAGAGUUCACACAGGUGAAAAACCUUUCACCUGCUCCGAGUGUGGAAAAGAAUUUUCACUGAAAGGUAGUCUGACCCUGCAUAUGAGAACUCACACUGGAGAAAAACCUUUCAUCUGCUCUAUAUGUGGAAAAGGAUUUUCACAAGAUGGUAGCCUGAAGAGUCACAUGAGAAUUCACACUGGAGAAAAGCCUUUCAUCUGCUCCCAGUGUGGCAAAUGUUUUUCACUGAAAGGUGACCUUAUGAAACACACGAGAGUUCACACUGGUGAAAAGCCUUUCAGCUGUUCUCAGUGUGGGAAAUAUUUUGCUCUAAAAUGGAAGUUGAGUAGACACAUGAAAACUCACAUCAAAAAAACCUCUGUCACUUAAAGAUUUAGGUUUAACCAUCACCUGAAGAAUCACGGGACACAACAAUUGCACCGGUCACUUUUUUUAACACCUAUUAAAUGAAAGUAACGCUGUAAAGGAAAUGUCACUCAUUACCGACAGCCGAACACGCCUUGAAACGUGACUUAAGCACAUAUUUCACAGUUCAUGUCACACAUUGGCUUCAUUGGAUGUGAGCCCGAGUGUCCACUGCUUCGUAACCAUGGAUACAGUUUAUGAAGAGAAUGUACAUGGUUUGAAUUCCUGUAUGUAAUGGUUUGUUCCUACUGUUGCUUUGUUUAGGUACAGAUCCUUCAUUCUUAAAUCCAUUUAUAUUCCUGAUCAUCUUUCUUUAGAACAAUAAGACUUCAGAAUCAUCUUUAUUGCCAAUGUCAGUGAGGAUCCCAACAACUUUUAUUUAUUUAUUUUUUUAUCCUUUUGUGGGGCUUUUGUUCAAAUAUUUAGCAUCCCUGCAUUUGUUUCAGUCAGACAUGUUAUGUGAUGCCAGUUAGCUAUGUUAGAGAUUCACUGGUAGAUAUUUAGGUUAUUUAUUAGGUUUAUUUAUUUAUUUAUUAUUUAUGAUGGUGUUAUUUUCAUCAUGGUUUCUCUCCCAAAUGCCCCCACAGCUCUUCAAGCAGCACGAAUGAUUUGCUGCAGAAUAAUUUAUGUCCUUGUUAUACUUCUAAUUCUUUUUGGUUGUCAUUCUUGGUUUUCUCUCUGGGGGACGCCAUCAAGGAGCCCUCGGCCCUGAGCCAAAGAAGACAUCAUCCUCCAGUUUGUAAGGUUG